AUGGCCCACCCCGGCACCCUCCACCUCUACACCAAAAAGCUCACAGCCUUCGAACACACGCCUUCCAAUGCAUCCUCCCAACCCCAAAACACCCUCAUCUGGAUCGGCGGCCUGGGCGAUGGACCUCUAGGCGUUAAAUACCCCUCCGCCAUCUCCAAAGCCUUGCCCAAAAACUGGAGUCUCGCAGAAGUCCUCCUCUCCUCCGCAUACGAUGGCUGGGGCACAGGCAGUCUCGCACGCGACGCCGAGGAGGUAGGAAAGUGCGUAGCAUACUUUAAAUCCCUACGUCCAAAGGGCAAGGUCGUGCUCAUGGGCCAUUCAACCGGGUGUCAGGACGCGAUGGAGUAUCUCGUCGGAGCUGGUAACUCGGAGCGGGAAAGCAUCGAGGGCGCGAUUCUGCAGGCUGCAGUGAGCGAUCGGGAGGGUUACGGUGCUAUUGUCGCUGACGAUCCAUCAUUGGAAGAGAGUCUGAAGGAGACUAUCGACCUCGCGACAAAAUGGGUCGAGGCCGGCGAUGGCGACGCCAUUCUUCCUAAGAAAGGGAACAAGGUGCUGGAGAUGUUUGAGUCGCCGUGUACGGCGUACCGUGCACACUCUCUACUAGCUAAGGGCGGCGACGAUGACUACUUCAGCACUGAUCUGGAGGAUGUGACGUUGAAGGGUACGUUUGGGAAAAUUCCGAGCAGGACGAGGAUGAUGUUCCUUUGGGGGAGUAAGGAUCCGUAUAUUCCUAAGGCUGUGGAUCAAGAAGGUACGUUGAAGAGGUGGGCGAGAAUUGUUAAGGAGGGAGGAGGGAGUGUGGAUGAAGUGAAUGGGGGUGUGAUUCAGGAUGCGACGCAUAACUUGAACGAUGAUUCAGAGGAUGUAGUACAGGAUCUUGUGGGUAGGGUGAUUAGGUAUGUUGAGGGGCUCUAG